AUGACUUGCAAAGUUCCCAUCUCCAUUGGGAAACACUACAAGGAAGAAGUAAUUUGUGAUGUUCUUGACAUGGAUGUUUGUCAUGUUUUGUUUGGCCGACCAUGGCAAUAUGAUAAUGAUAUCACAUAUCGAGGACGAGAUAAUGUGAUAUUAUUUACUUGGGGAACACAUAAAAUUGCUUUGGCUCCUGUUUUGGAUUUUGAUAGAAGCGAAGGGAAAAAGAAGUCCAAUUUCUUGGUAAUGACACAUAGCGAAAAGGAGCUAGACGAAGCUUUCAAAGAAACUAAAUGUUUCUUCCUUGUGGUAGUUAAAGGGUUAAUGAGUGUGGUGAAUGAGGAAGCAACAACUCCAGAAGAAGUGUUAGAGAUUCUAAAAGAUUUCAAGGAGUUGAAUGCUAAUGAAUUGCCGAAUGACCUGCCUCCUAUGCGAGAUAUUCAACAUCAUAUUGACUUGAUUCCAGGUUCUAGCUUACCAAACAUUCCCAACUAUCGUAUGAGCCCGAAGAAGAAUGAGAUUUUAAGGGAACAGAUUGAGGAUUUGCUGAAGAAAGGGUUUAUUCGUGAGAUCAUGAGCCCAUGCGUAGUGCCAGUCCUUCUUGUUCCUAAGAAAGGUAACCAAUGGCAAAUGUGUGUUGAUAGUAGAGAUAUUAACAAGAUAACCAUCAAGUAUCGAUUUCUUAUCCCUCGACUAGAAGACAUGCUUGAUGAAUUGGCGGGUUCUAAGAUAUUUUCAAAGAUAGAUCUUCGUAGUGGAUAUCAUCAAAUUCGAAACAGGCCUGAUGAUGAAUGGAAGACAGAUUUUAAGAGCAAAGAUGGAUUGUAUGAAUGGUUGGUGAUGCCUUUUGGGUUGUCAAAUGCUCCUAGUACUUUCAUGAGAUUGAUGAACCAGAUUCUUCGACCAUUCGCUGGUUCUUUUGUGGUUGUUUACUUUGAUGAUAUUUUAAUUUACAGCAAGACCAAAGAAGAGCACUUGGAUCAUUUGAAGCAGGUUUUGCAAGUCUUACAAGAAAACCAGUUGUACGUUAAUCUCAAGAACUGUACAUUCUGUACCAGCGAGCUGGUAUUUCUAGGAUUUGUUGUUGGUGAAGAAGGGAUUCAGGUUGGUGAGGAGAAAGUGAGAGCUAUUAGGGAUUGGUCUGCCCCUAAAUCAGUCACUGAGGUACUUAGGUUUCAUGGUCUACCUACCUUCUAUAGGAGAUUUGUUAAUUAUUUUAGUACCAUUACUGCUCCUAUUACUAAAUGUUUGAAGAAAGGGAAAUUCUUUUGGGGGUCUGAACAAGACAAGAGAUUUGCUUUAAUUAAGGAGAAGCUAUGUACUGCACCAGUUUUGGCAUUUCCUGACUUUGAUAAAGUGUUCCAAGUUGAAUGUGAUGCUAGUGGAGUUGGAAUAGGUGCUGUCUUAUCUCAAGAGAAAAGACCAAUAGCUUUCUUUAGUGCGAAGUUAAGUGAGGCUCGCCAAAGAUGGAGUACUUAUGAUCAAGAGUUUUAUGCAGUAUUUAGAGCUCUAAGACAGUGGGAUCAUUACUUGAUUCAGAGAGAGUUUAUCUUGUUCACUGACCACCAAGCUCUGAAGUUCCUUCAUAGUCAGAAAGUGAUAAACAAGAUGCAUGCUCGAUGGGUAAGCUUUCUGCAAAAGUUUCCAUUCAUUAUUCAGCAUAAGUCUGGGACUCUCUGA